AUGAGUCAAGUAGGAGAAAGGCCAUAUCAGUGCUCCGAGUGCCAGAAAAGUUUCACUUUGAGGUCAAGCCUCAGAAAUCACAAGAGGAUCCACACUGGGGAGAAACCAUUUAAAUGUUCAGAAUGUGACAAGUGCUUCACACAAAGAAUUAAUCUUACCCAGCACAAGAAGAUUCACACAGGAGAGAAGCCAUUUUCUUGCUCUGAAUGUAGUCAAGUUUUUUCCAGAAAGGAAACACUAAUUAUUCACCAGAGGAUUCACACAGGAGAGAAGCCAUUCAGAUGUCUAGCAUGUGACAAGAGCUUCUCUCAUAAGCUUAGUCUCAUUGCACACCAGAGUACUCACACAGGAGAUAAGCCGUUGAAAUGUUCAGAAUGUGACAAGUGCUUCUCACGAAGAUCUAAUCUUACUCAACACCAAAAGAUUCACACCGGAGAGAAGCCAUUUAAAUGUUCAGAAUGUGACCAAUGCUUCUCCCAGAAGCAACAUCUUAUUCAACACCAAAAGAUCCGUCCAGGAGAAAAGCUGUCAAAAUGUUUCUCUCGCAGCUUCAGUCUUGAUAAACACGAGAAGACUCACAAAGAUGAGAAGUCAUUCAGAUGUUUAGAAUGUGACAAGUGCUUCUCGGAAAAGGCCAAUCUUACUCGACACCAGAGAGUUCACACGGGAGAGAAGCCAUUUAGAUGUCGCGUGCAGGCAAACAAGUACACCAUCACCUAUAACAGCUAA